CUGUGCGUGUACCACAACCACUACUACGGUCCUAUGACACGUUUCAGUGAUGAACUGUUCUAUGAAAAUGAUUGAGUAGACUACGACGUCAGUAACUUUGAAUGGACGCAAACACUUUAAGUCUGACCGGCCGGCAAGGGCUGAACAAAAUGUUUUAUGGAAGUGAGCCCCUCGCAUGCUGAAGUCGAGUGUUUGAAAAACUAUGCUGAGAGUUGGUGUAUCGAAAAAUUUUCGGAGACGCAAAUUAAAAAGGUGAUCGGUGCAUAGUAUACUGGAUGGAACUCUGUGUGAUGUGCUAGCUAUCCUGACAAGCUGUCGGAGGGCGCCAAGCUGGGGUCGGACGAGGCGCUGGACGCCUCCGCGCACGCGCACCAACUGCAGACAAUGACAUCCACAAUGGGAAUAAUGACACUCAGCCGCGGCCCGUGUGACCUGGACAACAUGAGUCUGUUCCAAGACCUCAAACUAAAGAGGCGGAAAGUUGACUCUCGAUGUAGCAGCGAUGGCGAGUCAGCCGCCGACACCAGCACGUCGUCGCCGGACCCAGGCCCGCCUUCGCCGCGCAUGGCCGAGGCCGGCUGCAGCACGCCACCGCAUCCCCCGCCCGUGUUCGAUGGCGGCGGCUCACCGUCGCCGUCACCGGCGGCAUGCCAUCCCACCGUUAUACGCUCGGCGCCACCAUACUCAGUCAUCAAGUUUGAAGGAACACCUGCUCCAGUGAAGGUUGAACACUCUCAAGUCGGCGUAAAGCAUGAAGCAUCUUCACCUUCUCAGCUAUCAUCAGUGAAGCUGGAAGGAUGUCAACAGGAACCACCCCAACCAUACAGGCCACGACCGCUUGCACCACCACCACAGGGUUCACAUUCGUCACACUCGCCUGGUCCCUGGCCGCCCUCAGCGUGCCUAAAUGGCGUGAAACCAGAAUUAAUAGGAGGACAUUUCCCAACGCAAUCAUUAGAACUAAAAACAGGUGCGCGAGGUCCAGGGCAAUGGAGAGGAACUCCCGCAGUAAUUAUGGGAGAAUCUGGAGGGGUGCGAACUAUGUUUUGGACGUUACCACCUCCUGCAACAAGCGUAGAACCGGCAGCCAGUGCGUCGCAUACGCCGACGCCACCAACACCAGAUCCAGCAACAUGCAGUGAAGAAUCCGCCGCCAGGCUUUUACUAAAUCUUGGUGAAUUGAGGCGACCUCGUGGGCCUCCGCUUAAUAUGGAAUUAUUAUGGGCCGGUGAUGUAUCACAGUUACCAGCUCAUCAACAGUUGCAUGCUUUGAAUUUGAGUGCAGCAGCAGGUGGUCUGCCAGGUGCAUCGCCAGUUGCUGGAGCUAGUUCGUUGACACUGCCGAGGCCAGAGCUCCGAGCCUAUGCUCCGGAGGCGGAACGAGACGAAGACGAGCAACCAAUGAUAUGUAUGAUAUGUGAAGACAAAGCAACAGGCCUACACUAUGGCAUUAUUACAUGUGAAGGGUGCAAAGGUUUCUUUAAAAGGACUGUGCAAAAUCGACGCGUGUAUACAUGCGUUGCAGAUGGUGGCUGUGAAAUAACAAAAGCGCAACGGAAUAGAUGCCAAUAUUGUCGUUUUAAGAAAUGCAUCGAACAAGGAAUGGUUUUACAAGCUGUACGAGAAGAUAGAAUGCCAGGUGGUCGAAAUAGUGGUGCCGUCUAUAAUUUGUACAAAGUAAAAUAUAAAAAGCACAAGAAAGCUAAUAAAACGGCGACAACGUCGAGUCGGGCAUCUCCGCCUGUGAAACCUAAGGAACCAUUGCCUCCCCUCCCACCGCACCUCGUCAAUGGUGAAAUUCUAAAGACUGCUCUCACCAACCCUAGCGAGGUGGUUCACUUAAGAGCACGACUUGAAAGCGCCGUGUCUUCAUCGCGAGAUCGUGCAGUGCCACUGGAGAGAGCGCUACACAUGAUCAAAGCUCUGAUAGACUGCGACGCCAUGGAGGACAUCGCGACCGUCCGACAUUUACCAGACUUACUACAUGACACCUCGGAAAUUGGCGACAAGCUCUGCAAGAUAGGUGACUCAAUAGUUCACAAGAUGGUGGCGUGGACGAAAAAGCUACCAUUCAUUAUGGAAAUACCAAUGGAAAUCCACUCAAAAUUAUUAAUGGAGAAGUGGCAUGAGAUCUCAGUACUGACAACGGCGGCGUAUCAAGCGAUGCACGGAAAGCAUGCGCACGCGCCGCCUUCGUCGGACCAUGAACAUGAUUUUAUGCAAGAGGUAAAUGCAAACCUGCGGACGCUGCAGAACUGCCUGACCUCCCUAAUGGGGCGACCCAUCACGCUGGAGCAGCUGCGACUGGACGUGGGGCUGGUGGUGGAGAAGAUGACACAGAUCACAUGCGUCUUCAGGCGAAUCCAGCUCCGCAUGGAGGAGUACGUUUGUUUGAAGGUCUACAUACUCUUGAAUCAAGAAGUGGAACUGGAGAGCAUCCAGGACAGAUACGUGCAGGUCCUGCGCAGCUACCUGGAGCACAUCACACCGCACCACCCAGGGAGACUGCAGGAACUGUUCGCCAGGAUACCAGAGAUCCAAGCCGCGGCGAACUUGUUGCUGGAAAGCAAAAUGUUCUACGUGCCCUUCGUGUUGAACUCCGCCGAAAUCAGAUAGUAUAUGGCCCAGCAGGGGGUAUAGUUCUCGAUGUACGAGAGGUAUACUCCGCGCGCCCGCCGCACCCUCGUCUUAUGAUUGCCGCACAUCACACCGACCUGUGUUCAAACCUACGAUCCAGCACAAGAGUUCGUACAAAUUCUACUCGGGCAUGGACAAACGGCGUCUCCACAGGAACCUGUUCCAGAUCCAAUUAAACAAUCUAUGGCAGCGCGGGAGACGUCCAAUAUACCAAAGUCGCUGGGUUAAUAUCGGAUGGAAAUUGGAUGGAGUUCGAAUGGUAUUGGGUAUGCAAAACAAUAAAAAGAGUCUUCACCGAGUGAUUCGCUCUUCGCUGUGUAACUAAGGAAGUGUGCAUACAGACAAUUCGUAACAAUUGAGUUUGCUUCUUUGGCAGUGACGGGAAGUGCGAGGACAGUGCGGUACUUUAUAUAUCUUUGUUGAGUCGAUGUGUGUAAUGGUUUUAUUGUUUAGUAGAGGAAUUAAAACGUCCCAAUUGACAGACUGAUUUAUUAUUAAAUACUUAGCAAUUAGGUACCAGGGACUUGAAUGCGUGUUUUAUAUGGUAGUGUAUACUACAUAGUGUUAAAUAGAUUAAAAUAUAUAAUAAUGUUACUAUUUAAAUAAUUGUCAGACGAAGAAUUGCAUAAUAUAUUAUUUCUGUAAAUAUAGAUUAAUGUUAACAUUGUAAGUUGUUUAUAGAACAGAAUUGUUUCUUGUAAAUGAAAUAUUGCUGUUUUAAUUUGCAUUUUAUAUUGUGUAGGUUUAACCAGUAGACUAAAUCUCGCUGGGUGUGUAAUACGGAAAAAUUUAAUUUAAUUUUGUAUGACCUGUUCUUAAUGUAAGUAGCACUAAGUACCUACUCUCAGUGUUUACCAAGACUGCUUGUAUACUGUUUAUAAAUACACUAAAAUAGCGUGGUUUCGCUCAGUUCUCGUAGUCACAACUUUUGCAUUUUUAUUGUGAAUAUUUUCGCAUAACACUUGUGCAUCAUAAUACGUUCUUAAUCAUUUCGAAACCUUACUGGUCUAAUUAGAUGUAAGCAACCGCGAAACACGUACAUAUGUAAAUAUAACCCCAGCAGGGUUACAGAUUGAUUAAAAUGGGUCUCAGUUU